AUGUCUUCUUCAUCUUCUCGAGAAAAACCUAGUGGGCCAGUCCUUCGUUCUCUUUCACCUUCUGGUAGAUUUUGUUCCUAUACACAAUCUAGAACCCCUUUCUCUACACCAUCAUCAGCUUUCGCUUCUUCCAUUAACUCCUCCUUUUCAUCACCUUCUUCAUCUUUUCACAUAGAAAAUAAUGAUAAUCACUACAAUCACCAUCAUCAUAAUUAUCAACACAAUAGCCACCACCGUUCAGCUUCACCCACACGCGUCAAUCUAUACACCCAAAACUCUCGAUCUGCCGGUUUACGAUUCUCGAUCGAUCCCCGGUCAAUCUCACCGAACCGGUCGAUUUCGAAUCAUGUUAUUACAACCAAAAAGAACCGUCCGAUUCCGGCUCAGAAAAAGACAUGUAUGUGUUCGCCAACAAAUCAUCCCGGUUCUUUCAGAUGCAGUCUUCACAAGAACAUUGGGAGUCAAAACACAAGUGCUGAUUCGUAUCCUUCAACCCGGCUCAACAUGCGUAGAUCUGCGAUGAAGAAUUCGCUCGUGAGGAUCGGUGGUGUGGAAGGAGAAUGGGUGAAACGAGCUUUGACAGCGUUGAUUCGACCGUCUUCGCAUCAACAGAGGAGGAGAUCGGCGUUCGAGCCAAGACCUAGUCGUCUCUCCGUCAUGACAAAGGCUGAAGAUCUUUGA